UCCGUGAGAGCACGUUAUACGUUGUAUCACAGCUCUGUGGAGAUUUUCACAUUGGGACAGUGCGGAGGUAAAGCUCUGACAGUCUUGAUGAUAGUGAAAACGUGGAGAGAAAAAAAGAGUCCAUACUUUGAUUGAUACUGUGUGAGAUGUUAUAAUGACAACAAAUUAAAAACAUUUUCAUUAUAUAAAAAACCAUGUGCGCAUUCCAACAAUCAAUGACUACAUGUACCAGAAUGCACUGCAGCUGUCAGUUUCAGCAGCCGAGCAUUGUAUAGGUGCUGUAACUGGCGAGGAGUAAGCUGACAAACGGGCUGGCUUUCUUGCUUCCAGUGCUUCAAACAUGGACCAGGACAACAACUCAGAGGAUGAGUCAGUCGGCCCAUCAGAGGAUCCCUCAGAAGAGGAACUGCCUUGUCUACCUCCAGGGCUCUCGGAUGGUGAAGCAAUGGAGCUGCUUUGGCAGUUGCGAGCCCAGCGCCGCCAGUCGUCCCCUGAGCUGCCAGACACAGUGACCCGUCUCACUGCCCCUGAUGGCAGCCUCCUGUACCUGGUGGGCACUGCCCACUUCAGUGACAGCAGCAAAAAGGAUGUGGCCACGACCAUCCGCGCUGUGCAGCCAGACGUGGUGGUGGUGGAGCUGUGCCAGUACAGAGUGUCUAUGUUGAAGAUGGACGAAAAUACACUGCUGCGGGAAGCCAAAGACAUCAACCUGGAAAAGGUUCAGCAGGCCAUCAAACAGAAUGGGCUGAUGUCUGGCCUGAUGCAGAUUCUCCUGCUCAAAGUUUCAGCUCACAUCACGGAGCAACUGGGCAUGGCUCCUGGAGGAGAGUUUAGGGAGGCAUUCAAAGAGGCUGGACGGGUGCCGUUCUGUAAAUUUCACCUUGGGGACAGGCCGAUUCCUGUGACGUUCAAGAGAGCCAUUGCUGCUCUCAGUCUGUGGCAGAAGGCCCGUCUGGCAUGGGGUCUUUGCUUUCUGUCAGACCCAAUCAGUAAAGAGGACGUGGAGAAGUGCAAACAGAAGGACCUGCUGGAGCAGACCAUGUCAGAGAUGAUCGGCGAGUUUCCUGCUCUCCACCAGACCAUCGUGGCUGAAAGAGACAUCUACCUCACACACACGCUCCGCCAGGCUACACGCUGCGUGGAGUCCCCCCCUGAUGCCCAGAAAGUGCCUGCUGUGGUGGUGGGAGUUGUAGGGAUGGGCCACGUCCCUGGCAUAGAAAGAAACUGGGAGAAGCAGCUCAACAUUAAUGAAAUCAUUAGUGUUGCACCUCCCUCGCGUUUCAGCUGGGUGUUGCACACAGUCAUAAAGGGUGUCAUGAUGGGAAUGCUGGGAUACGCCUGCUACCGUGUUGGAGGGAGUUUAGGUAGAGUCGUGCUGUCCUUACCUGCGGUCCAAUCUUUACUGGAGACUCUGCGGCCACCCCCUGCUUGAACCCACUGGUCUUCUCUGAGCCAUCAGUGACGCGACCUUUUGAUCUAUUAAAACAAUGCAUCGAUCACCAGUGGCCUUAAAAACAGGAGGUGAGGCUGGAGGAAAGGUUUCACCAGCCCACACUAUGAACUAACAAGGACCUCAGGGGGUUAAAAGCCUCCCACCUCGUAUUGAUGUCCCUGUGGACACAGCAGGGCUGUACUGCCAAAGAAACCGUGACAGUACUUUUUCUUUUCUUUAAUAUUUUGUGCAAAUCCCGCAUUUUGUAAGGUUUACAAAUGCCUAUAAUUUGAAUAGAUUUACAUUUCCCCCUCCAUUUCGUUAAAUUAUGUACACUCAGAGUUUUUAUUUGUAUCAUCGGAAUCCUCUUCAGUCAUCUGCCCUGAUAUGACUUAGCCAUUUUCCAAGAGGCACACUUUUCUAAUACUCUUUCCUUAUUCCUUCCUCCUCUCUGGUGCCAACCAGCAUUUUUUGUAAUUGGCCAAUUCCAAAUCCAGCUGUUUGUCAGAGACUGGUAGAGUUGUGUACUCUACAUGCAGCCUAUGGAAUGGAAAAUAAAGUAAGUCAGUCAGUCAGUCAGUCAUAACUAUAAUUACAGUAACAAAUUACAAAAAUAUAAACCAGGAAAACUUUUCAUUUGCAUAGUUGGUGCAUGUGUAAGGUAAAUGUGAAUCUGACCAUUAUUUUCUUAAUUCUUGAAAAAUCUACUAUUUGAAAUGUAUAUUAUUCAAAAUUCACAUACAGGAUUAGCAUAAGACAAAAUAUACUUAUUUCCCACGUGCACGGUCCUGCCCACAUCAACAGACAAGUGCCUCAUAUUACAGCAGUUAAGGGCUAAUGGUGGACUGAAUGAAAUGGGGAAAAAAAUCUGUGUUAUAUGCAUCUUAUAUGUACUACAACCAAAUGGUCAAUGCAAGUUUCUAAUAUUCUGUCUUUAUGAAAUUAUAUGAUAGGCGUAUUUUAUAAAUACUGAUGCCAUCAAUAUAGACUUUCUAGUUUGUGUUUGUCUUGGCUGCAGUUGAAACGGUUCCAUGGCCCAUUCAUUUUAGUCACCAUACAUUCAACAGGGACCUGACGCCGGACGAGCUUAACUGUGCCGAAGGACGAGCAAUGCAUUAAUCUGGUGAUUUGUAUUUUAAUUUACCUCCACUAUGAGGCAUUCAUACAUAUUGGCUUGAACUAGCUCCAUCUCUAGAAUAAGGGUUCAUACAUGACACAAGAAUAUGCAUCAUAUACGGAAAGCCAUCUUUAAAAACGUCAUUCAGCACACCAGCUGUUUGUACUUUUAUGAUAUAUGCAUUAAUCGCAACAUGGGAAUGGGGAUUGAGGUGAUUAAAAAAAAAUUUCAUUAGUUUGUUUCCCUCAACUUAAGGAUUGGACUUGACUGUAAUGAUUUCUAAGAGGGAUUCCCAUGGAGGGAAAUGUGUUGACUUGUUAUGACUACUGUGAAGGAAAGUGACAGUUUAGAUUGGUCAGUGUUGGGAGGUAAAGCCUUACACUGUUAUCACUGCUGCCUUUGACCCUGAGAUUGCCUCCUAUGCUGAAGCUUGUUAUCACCAACACUGACCUGUGGCCAUAGUAUAGAGCUUCUCAUUGCACGUGUACAAAUUGGCUAGAUGACAUUUCUGGAAUUUUAUGUGGGAGAUUAUCUAAAUAAAUCCAACAGUCUGAACCAGCUAUUUACGUGGUUGCAAGGCUAUAAAUCAACAUAAAUUUCCAGGUUUUCCCAAUAUUAUUUUUAAGUGAUUUUAUGAGCAGUACACUCACAUUAUUUAGAUGUAUUCAUAAGAGAUAUGGAAGGAGUUAAUUUACUGUCUUUACUUUGUGAAAUAGGCCAAUGAACUAAUAUGGGACUUGAGUAAAUCAAGCAGUGCCAUUUCAUCUUCCAAACCUAAUUAAACCACUUGUUAUCCACACACAAAGUAACUCAGAUAACCGUCUUCCAAUUGAUACAUUAAUUAUCCUGCUUAAGUAAGAGGUAAAGACAAUGAGAAGGUUAAGCACAGGUGUAUUCGUGCCUCUCCGUCCCUCAGCAGUAUGAUGCAGUCAAACAUAACCAUUAUGUGUCUGUCACCCUCCCACAUCAUUUCCAAAUGUUUAAUCUACUGUAUGUCUGAGAAUUGCCAAGAACUGUGUGGAUGCCUGCAUUUGUUGUAAGACUUGUUUCCCCACAACCUUGUAUGGUAAUGUCAUUGUCAAAAAAAUAUUAAAUCCCAGCUUCUGUAAUGAAUCAUUAAACCAUUUUAAGUAAAAA